UUUUUAUUCCUUUUCCAGAGGUAUUUUAGCCUCUCCACGACUGCCAAUUAGCGCUCGGCUUUCUGUAUUUUGUGUGAAUUGCGCGGCUUGUGUUUUCCGCUCAGUCUGCUCAGAAACUUCGACCGAUAAAAAAGCUGCCGGAAAACUUCCGCUUUAGUUUUUGAGAUUCGUCGCGGGAGACAUUGCUAACUGUGGUGCUUCACUAUCAUUAUCAGACAUUAGAUAAAAUCAUGGAGGAGACGUAUCUGUACGAUCCCAGUCUGCUGAUAAAGCUGGACUUUCAUCGCAGCCCUGCCAAGUUCAAGCCCUUCAUAUCGGCGGCUAAUCCCGGCGAGCCCUGGAUGAAAGUGCGUCCCCUCAAGGACAGCGACUACGAUCGGGGAUUCCUACAGCUGCUCUCUCAACUCACCCAUGUUGGCAAUGUGAAUCGCACUCAGUUUUUGACCCGCUUUUCGCAGAUGAAAGCCAGUGGUGAUUACUUUGUGACCGUUAUUGAGGACACUCGCAAGAAUGAGAUUAUUGGAGCUGCAUCCUUGGUUAUCGAGCGCAAGUUCAUCCACAAUUGUGCUGUGCGUGGUCGUCUGGAGGAUGUGGUGGUAAACGAUACAUAUCGUGGCAAACAACUGGGCAAACUAAUUGUGGUUACUGUAUCCCUGUUGGCCGAGGAAUUGGGCUGCUACAAAAUGUCGCUGGACUGCAAGGACAAGCUGAUCAAGUUCUACGAGUCGCUGGGCUAUGUGGCCAUUCCCGGAAACUCGAACUCCAUGACCAUUCGUUACGAUGAGGGGCCAACGCUCAAGCGGAAUGCCACCUCUGCCGGCUCCAGUGGAACAGUGGGCGACUCCUGCCAAACUGUGAGCCUCGAUUUUGCCUCUUGACAAUUAGCCGCCAACGCUGCUCCAAAGUCCAAGCUUUGAGUGGGUGCACAACCCAACUCAAGGCUACAACUGCGCGAAGCGCAAUGCAAAAAAAACAGAAAAUUGGAUUCACAAAAAAACAAUAUAAUGCAAAGGCAUUACCAAAGUUCCAUUGCGCUGAGGGCAUUUUGGAUUUUUGGACAGCGCUGGCAGGCGGUGGUGUCCUUGUGGGACCGUGAUUUCCAUCCACCCGCGAGGACAUACAAUUAGUUAUUUAGUUAAAGACAACCGCAACAUAUGUUGCUCUCUGUUUUUAAUCCCUACAGAACUCUCAAUUUUAUAAUUUUUUCUCCCCUUUCUGCUACUGAAUGUGCGGCUCAACUCUCAACUCAAAGGUAGUUGUAAUAUUACCUUUUAAAAGCACCUUCAUCAAGUAGCACUAAGUUUCAUAAACUCAAAUAAAUACACUAAACAUAAAACUAA